CCCUCAGGCGCCCCCAUUCCGGACCAGUCCUCAGGAGCCCCAAACCCGGCCUCCCGCGAAGAGAGGGCGCACGCCCCUGCACGCCGCUCUUUCCCCUCAGCCUGUCUCCUGAGUCCCCGCGCAUCCUAGGACCCUUUCUCCUCCGGGAAACGGAUCUCUCUCAGACCUGCCACAGCUCCCCUAUUCAAGACCACCCACCUCCUGGUACUAGAUCUCGCCCAUCUCGGUUUUUUGUUGUUGGGCUCCUGAAACACCUCGGGUCAGAGCCUUUCCUCCGCCUUUGCUCCUUUCUCCCUGAAGGCCUCAACUUUCCCCCAGACCCUCUUACCUUUCCCCGGGAGACCCCCAGCCCCUGCAGGGGCGGGGCCUCCCCAUCCCAUCCCAGCCCUGUUCGUGCUCUCGGCAGUGCCGGGGGGCGCCGCCUCCCCCAUGCCGCCCUCCGGGCUGCGGCUCCUGCCGCUGCUGCUACCGCUGCUGCUACCGCUGCUGUGGCUACUAGUGCUGACGCCUGGACAGCCAGUCGCGGGACUGUCCACCUGCAAGACCAUCGACAUGGAGCUGGUGAAGCGGAAGCGCAUCGAAGCCAUCCGCGGCCAGAUCCUGUCCAAGCUACGGCUCGCCAGCCCCCCGAGCCAGGGGGAGGUGCCGCCCGGCCCGCUGCCCGAGGCGGUGCUCGCCCUGUACAACAGCACCCGCGACCGGGUGGCCGGGGAGAGCGCUGAGCCAGAGCCUGAGCCUGAGCCAGACUACUACGCCAAGGAGGUCACCCGCGUGCUAAUGGUGGAAACCAAAAACCCAAUCUAUAACAAAAUUGAGCACAGCCCACACAGCAUACAUAUGUUGUUCAACACAUCAGAGCUCCGAGAAGCAGUUCCUGAACCCGUGUUGCUCUCCCGGGCCGAGCUGCGCCUGUUGAGGCUCAAGUUAAAAGUGGAGCAGCACGUGGAACUGUACCAGCAAUACAGCAACAAUUCCUGGCGCUACCUCAGCAACCGGCUACUGACCCCCAGCGACUCGCCAGAGUGGUUGUCCUUUGACGUCACUGGAGUUGUGCGGCAGUGGCUGAGCCAUGGAGGGGAAAUAGAGGGCUUUCGCCUCAGUGCCCACUGCUCCUGUGACAGCAGAGAUAAUAUACUCCAAGUGGACAUCAAUGGGUUCAGUAAUGGCCGCCGGGGUGACCUGGCCACCAUUCACGGCAUGAACCGGCCCUUCCUGCUUCUCAUGGCCACCCCUCUGGAGAGGGCCCAGCAUCUGCACAGUUCCCGGCGCCGCCGAGCCCUGGACACCAACUACUGCUUCAGGUGA